AAAAAGGACCCCUAUUUAACGUCCAUCAAGCUGGGUACUUGUACUGCAGGCAAGUACAGUGUGAACUGAUUCUCGAAACACAGUUUGACUCACUCCAUGUUAUCAAUGUCGUCCAGAAGACUGCUGAUCAUCUGUCUACUGAUUGCCUGCUCCUGGUCAUUGGCUAAUUCAAAACGUCGAAACAGACCGAAAUUCCAGAAAGGUGAAGGAAGAUGUGAUAAAGGACAAGUGUGUGGAGCAGGGUGCGUGUGUCGAACGGAAGUUAUCACAAAGACCUCACGCUUCCCAAAAUGCAAUGAUAUCCGUUCAGAGGUUAUAGCCAGAACCGAGGAGUGGAAGAACGCUACUCUCCGUGGUACAAUAGCCAAUACUACCCUGAGCGACUUCUACACGAACAAUACUUGGUUCUUUUACCAGGGAGUUGCAGUGUUUAGGGGCCCACCAGUGGGUAGGACGGAGAGUAGGGUGAAAGGCAUUGUCUCCGUCUACAACUGGUGGGUUCUCGGUGAAUUCAACGGGUCUCCCUCUAUACUGACGGUUGAAGACAUACUCUACUUAAGCGAGGAUCUUGUCAUAGGUCUCAAUCUGAUUGAGGCCACCAGCCGUAGCACCGGAUUCGGAGCUGCAUAUGAGUUGGUUCUGUGGAGAAGAGAAGAAGGCAAUCUGAAGGCUGAAGUCCAAACUUUGAGCUUUGUCCCUAGGCCCAGGCCUGAAGAGAAGUAGCAACACCCAUGAUUGUUUACUGUCAAUAAAGCUAACUGAUUCUGAUGAAACUUUCACUUGAAUUGAAUGAUUUUAUGAUCUUCUUCAGUAACAACUCCAACACGUUGACGACGGGUCUUUAAUUGGGCCACAAAAGGAGUAAUCUGAGGUC